AUGAAGUUCCAAGCAACCUCUCUUUUCGCCUCCGCGCUCAUGGCUGGAUCCGCCGCCGCUCACUCAUGGCUCGCCUGUGUUGACACCAAUGUCACCAACUACGACGAGUGCAUUGCCAACCCCAACCUUGACCCAGUGAGAACUUGCAAUGGUUUCCCGCGUAACAAGAUCUACGAUUACGACUGGAUCAAGGAGUCUUCAUUCUACGCAUGGAACUUGAACAACGCCAGCAACACCGAGGGCCUUGCUUGCCGUCCCGGGAGCCAGGACUCAGCAACAUACCCUUCAGAGUACCCUAUGACCACCGCUGUGCCUGGCCAGACUCUUCGCAUGCGUCACUGGGGUAACGGUCACUCACGCUGGGACAUCGGUUCCCCCAACCACCGUGACCCCGGUCUCGUCCGUGUCUAUUGGGCUGGUCAGAAGGAAACCGAGCUCAAAUACAAGUCCGACCUCACUGAGGCCAACUGGCUCCCGGGUGCUCAGGCCAACUUCAGCGCUGAUGCCGUUACUCUCAUCACUGGAAACACCAUGAACGAGAAGGCCAACUACUUCGAUUUGACACUCCCGAAGGACAUUGAGGCCGGAAGACACUCUAUGGUCUGGGUUUGGGCCUGGGAUUCUGGCUUCGGUGCUCUUAACGAGAAGACCGGUUAUGACGGCAGAUGGGCUAACUCUUGGUCCACCUGCUUCGAUAUUGAGAUCGUCGACUCUGACUUCGUUGGACCAACCUACGACAACUCCGAUGAUUCCAGCUACGUUGACGAAGACGAAGAUGCCGAAGCUGCUGCCUGCUCUACCGCCACUGGAUACCUUGGAGGAAUGUCUGACAAGCCUUGCACCGGAACUGCCUGCCCACCAUGCUGGUACAAGUCUCAGACCGACGGAUCCAUCUCUUGCUACGACUACACUUCCUCUGGCUCUUGCCCAUGGGGUGGCGCUUUCGACUGCUCCAAGAAGCAGGCCACCAGGAGGGCAUUGAAGCACGAGCGUGCCCCAUUCGCCUAA